AUGGAGAAACAGCCACAACAGCAGCCGCCACCGCGCCGGCGCCGACGGCCGGCUCUCUCAUGCCGAGAAUGCCGCCGCCGCAAAGUCAAGUGCGAUCAUAACACGCCUUGCGCGCACUGCGUCCGCCACAAGACGCAAUGCAUCUACAAGCCCUUUCGUCGCUAUGGGGAGCAGGCAGAGGACGACCGUCCGCCCCAACACCUGAAUCCGGAAUCCGAGCCCGGAAGCUCACGGCCAAGUAGCGCAAGUCCGCCAUCGGGGAUACCAGGUGUGCAGGUACUUGUCCCGGAGCUUCAGCCGGCAGAGCACGCAAACAAUGCACAUGAGUCUGCCAUGGGCCAAAUACAUGGCCAUCAGCAUGCCGCCGCACCGAGUUCACAGCCUCUUUCUGCCCGUCACCCGGAUCGCGGAGAACACAGCCUUCAGGGUCUUCUCAGUCUGCUUCUGCAGAAACUGAAAGAAAACCCCACCUCAGGUGCCGCUGAAGGUAGCGUCAGCCCUUCCGUCAAUAGGCUGUCCGAAGCCGUCCUGCCGCGGGGGAGCGACCCUCUCGCACCUCGACCUCAGGAGGCCUCGCAGCAAGAGUGGCAAGCCGUCCUGAACAAACCGCGUGACUGGGGCAGAAGCCGUUGGGUCAGCAAGGCGCCCGAGUUUACCGUCAUGAUCCGCUGCUACGGCGAGAUCCUGGGCAUGGAGAGCAAGGACGGCUCCUUCCAGACCCGCGAGGCCGCUGCGCUGAUUGCCCAGGCUAGGGACUUCUUCCGGGAGUGCAAGAGCAGGGCUAAAUUCAGCAAGGUCGGCCGGCCCACGAGGGGAAUCGCAUGUCCGUGGCUUGAUCUGACGCCGCCUUCCCGCGAAAUGGCUGAUGUGCUGGCCAGGCUCUACUUUGCGUCCUUCGAGUCGACUCACCGCAUCCUCCACGCCCCUACCUUCUGGGCCGAGUAUCAGAGAUACUGGGACGACCCCGAAAGUGCCGCGCCUGACCUCCGUGUCAAGGUCCUGCUUGUUGUCGGGAUAGGAUCGAGCCUAUACGAUCAUGGUAGUGCUGCUGCGGCGCAAAGCAACACGGAACUGCUUCAUCAAUGGAUAUACGCCGCGCAGACCUGGCUUUCGGGGCCCUUGGAAAAGGACCGGCUCGACAUCACCGGGCUACAGAUUUACUGCCUCACCAUCCUCGCCCGGCAGAUCUUCUCCAUCGGCGGGGACACGGUGUGGGUGUCGAUGGGCUCGCUCAUCCACCGGGCCAUGCAGAUGGGCUUGCACCGCGACCCCAAAAGCCUGCCGCCAAUGUCCGUGCUGCAGGCCGAACUCCGCCGGCGGUUGUGGGCUACCAUCCUGGAGCUGGCCGUCCAGUCGUCUCUGGACGCGUGGAUGCCGCCCAGAAUCGCCCAAGACGAAUUCGACACGAACCCUCCGUCCAACGUCAACGACGACGAGAUGGACGAGUCCACGACAGUCCUCCAGCCACACCCCAAGAGCACCUUUACCUCCACCUCCUUCCAGCUGGCCCUGCUUGAAUCUCUCCCCACCCGCCUCCGCAUCGUCCAGCUCCUCAACGGCAUGCACUCCGAACUCUCCUACCACCGCGUCCUCGCCCUCACCUCGGAACUCUCGUCGGCUCUGCAAAGCUACAGCACCCGCUUCAGCGCCGACACCAAGGAUAGCAGCAACAACAACAACAACAAUAACAAUAACAACAACCACUUCGGCCCCUUCCACCGCAACCACCUCGACUACCUAACCCGCCGCUUCCUGAUCCCGCUGCACUACCCCUUCGCCCACCAGGCCCGCUCGAACCCGCUCUUCCGACAAUCCGUGAAGAUCUCCCUCGACGCCGCACUAGCCCUCAUCUCGCCGGAGCCGGACCCGCCCGCCAACCACUUCGCCCGGCUCAUGUCGCUCGGCGGCGGGCUGUUCCGCGAGGGGAUCCGCUGCGCCACGACGGCCAUUAGCCUGGAGCUGCUGUCGCACGUCGAGACGCAGCGCGGCGACGGGUCGCUGCGCCGCGCGCCGCAGUACCGCGGCUUCCUGAAGCAGGUCGUGCGCGGCCGCCUGGUCGAGCUGUCGGCCGAGCGGAUCCGGCAGGGCGAGACCAACGUCAAGAGCCACAUGUUCCUCAGCAUGAUCCUGGCGCAGGUCGAGGCCGUCGAGGAGGGGAAGGAGGUUGAGGUGGAGGUGGCGCGCGCCGCGAGGGAUAGCCUGGCGUUUUGCGAGGGGUGGGAGUUUGAGGGGUUCGGCGUCGAUCCGGAUUGGGAGAUCUUCGCCACGAACGGGUAUUGGUGCUAG